AUGCUCAAGCGCCUCGCUCGCACAAAGCAGUCGCCAUGGGUCUGCCAACAGUGUCUCCAACAAUCUCGGCGCCAACGACGCUUCAACACCACAUUCGCCGCCGCCGCCAAAGCACGCGAUCCUACGCCGAACCCUCUCUAUGGCCUGUCUGCCAGCGGGAAGACAGAUGACGACGCCCUGCGCAAAGUUUUCGACAAUGCAUCUUUCUGGCAUGGCUUCAAGCGCGCAUCCCACGAGGGACAGCCCACUGGCAUAAUAGGCAACAAAUACCUUACCCACCCCCAGGGUUUCGUCGACUUCGUCACUGUAACCAUACAACGCUGCAAUGCUGUGGUGCAAAAGGUGGCGGCAGCGCAGUCGGUAGAGGACUUCAAGCAAAUGGUCAAAGAUUUGGAUAAGCUCAGCGAUCUACUAUGUCGGGUAAUAGAUUUGGCCGACUUUGUAAGAGGCACGCAUCCCGAUCGCAAGUUCCAGAUCAUGGCAAUGAAGGCCUACCAGACUGUGUUCCAGUAUAUGAACCAGCUGAACACCACACCAGUACUCCAUGACCAGCUGAAGAAAGCGUCAGAAAUAUCCGAGGUAUACGACACAUGGUCCGAGGAGGAGCGCAUUGUAGCGAGGAUACUCAUGGAGGACUUUUCAAGAUUUGGCAUUGGUCUAGACGACAAGACAAGAGAGCGGUUGGUAGACUUGAGUGGCGAGAUUGCCGAUGUCGGAAAUGAAUUCGUGGAAGGCAUGGCUCCAGAAAAACUGAACUUGAAGUUCAAGUCGUCAAGGCUGAGAGGGCUGGAUCCAAACCUCGCAAAGGCACUGACGAAAUGGGGCGAGACCAAGAUCUCCACCAUGCAUCACGAGUCGCAAGCUGUGCUACGGUUCGUAGAAGAUGCCGAUGUACGGCAGGAAACCUACCAAGCUGUGCGGACAGCAAAUAAACCAAGCAUCGCGCGUCUAGAAAAGCUGUUAAAACUGCGAGUCGAGUUGGCGCAAACGUCAGGCUACGAGACCUUUGCACACAUGACGCUAGAGAACAAGAUGGCGCGAACACCAGAAGCGGUCAACACUUUCUUGAAAGCGCUCUACGAGGACAGUCGACCGGCUGUCCUCGCUGAUCUAGAGGAGUUGAUGGAGUUGAAGAGAGGUGAUGCUCACCAAGACAACUUCCCCGAUCGCAUCAACGCUUGGGACAAGUUUUAUUACACACAGAAGAUGCUUGCGACAAUGGAGGGUCACUAUAGACAGCGUACGCCCGACUCUCUAUCCGCAUACUUCUCUGUUGGCACUGUACUACAGGGCAUAUCGCGACUCUUUGACCGUCUAUACGGUGUUCGCUUCGUCCCCAAAGAAACCCAACCAGGUGAGGUAUGGGAAGAUGGCGUGCGCCGAUUAGACGUCAUAUCCGAUACUGAAGGCCACAUCGCCGUCUUAUACUGCGACCUGUACUCGCGGCCAGGCAAAACCCCCAAUCCGGCACACUUCACUCUCCGAUGCAGCCGCGAGAUUCUACCUUCAGAGAUCGAGGAAAUGUCACACAUGCAGCAUCGUUUCUCGUCGCCCAUCGAGGCAGCCACAGAUGGGAUGCCCGUCUCUUACAAUGCAGAACGCAACAGCUAUUUCCAAUUACCUACAAUAGCAUUGAUUUGUGACUUCAGCAAAGCUUCGCACUCGCGACCAACACUCCUCAACAUCCACGACGUGCGCACCCUCUUCCACGAAAUGGGCCACGCACUCCACUCCAUCCUCGGUCGUACAGCCCUGCAAAACGUCUCUGGUACUCGCUGCGCAACCGACAUCGCCGAGCUACCUUCGGUCUUGAUGGAACACUUCGCCUUCUGCCCCCACGUUCUCGGCCUAUACGCCCGACACUGGGAAACGGAUGCCCCACUGCCCAUGGCAGCCCUCGAAUCUCGCCUCGCGAUUGACAACCGAAACCAAUACUCCGAACUCGAAAGCCAAAUUCUCCUCUGCAUGCUCGACCAAGCGUACCACUCCCCCAUUGCCGCGGACCCCAACUUCAACUCCACAAAAGUCUACCACGACGUCUACAACAAAUACGCAUCCGUCCCUGAGCCCGCCGGCACUGCUUGGCAAGGUUUCUUCGGCCAUUUGUUUGGAUAUGGCGCUACGUAUUAUUCUUACCUCUUUGACCGCGCGUUAGCAGCAAAGAUUUGGAAAGAUGUUUUCCAGCAUAAUGGCCAAGAAGGUAGUUUGGAUAGAGAGAAUGGCGAGCUAUACAAGAACGAGGUGCUCAAGUGGGGUGGAGGGAGAGAUGGCUGGCAGUGUUUGGCUGGUGUGUUGAAAGAUGAGAAACUGGCCAAGGGUGGGGAGGAGGCUAUGGCUGAAGUGGGGAAGUGGGGGAUUAGAGAGGCGAGGGGGAAGUAG